CCUUAACUUUGCCUCUGGCCCCCCCAGAAAAAGCCCUCUCACCUCUGCUGAUAUUUUGCUUCAAGUUCUGGACUCGUCCAUCCUUCUGCGCCUGUGAUUUUCUUUAUUGAUCCACAGGAGGAAAUCUACAUCUUUCUUCAGAAACCCGCUCUGCAGCACUGAUGAUGUGUGUGUGGGCCCGAGCAGCAGCUCUGUCUCUGGUGCUGCAACAGCUGGUGCUCACUGUCUCAGCUGAAGGCACCGUCUAUGACCUGCUGGCGUCUCCGGACUGCCUGCCGGACCUGCUCCAAGGGAAGCUGAAGAGCAAGGGGCAGGAUGAGGCUUUCCUCCUCUCCUCCUUCAGGCUCCACAACAAGGCCCCCACCUCUCUUUACAGUGUCAUCAACCCCAAAGACAACACCAAGUACCUGGACUUCAGUGUGCAGGCCAAACAAAGCAAGGUUACCAUUCGUUACCUGAGGACCGACGGCAGAUUUGGCACAACCAGUUUCAACCACGCCUCCCUGGCAGACGGCAGAAUUCAUCAUGUGAUGCUACAUGCCAGGGGUCUGCAGCGUGGUCCACCUCGCCUCAACAUCUACAUCGACUGCACACUGGCGCACUCUCUGGAUGACCUUCCAGCUGCCUUCGGGUCACUCCCACCGGGUCCUAACAAGGUGGCACUGAGGACGCUGCAGUCAAGUGGACAGAAUGAGCUGACUGACUUCAAGCUGGUGACAGAGGACACCAUAGACAACGUGGCCACUUUGCAGGACUGUAGUGUGGAGCACAGUGAAUCUGUGCAUCUGUUGGGUUUCGAGGGACGCAGGGAGGAACAUAACCAGGCCACCAUGGAGGAGCUGAAGAGCAUGUUGUCUGAGCUGAGGGAGAUGCUGCUCAAACAGAUUAAGGAGACAACUUUUCUGAGGAACACCAUCGCUGAGUGCCUUGCCUGUGGUCUUGGCGGUUCUCCAACCAACCCCGGUCCACCUCCAGGUCCAGGGCAGGAAGUCAUGCAGCCUCGUCCUCUGACUCAGUGUCCACCUGGAACCUGCUUCAGACAGAACAUGUGCAUCCGCUCAGAGUCGGGGGAUUUCCGCUGUGCCCCCUGUCCGGAUGGAUACACAGGCGACGGGGUUCACUGUGAUGACGUAGACGAGUGUCAGUUGAAGCCGUGUUUCCCUGGUGUCCGGUGUGUGAACACUGCUCCUGGUUUUCUCUGUGAGAGAUGCCCUCAGGGUUACACCGGACCACAGAUAAACGGAGUGGGAGUAUCCUAUGCUAAGUCACACAAACAGGUAUGUGAGGAUAUAGACGAGUGUCUGGGCCCACCUGAGAAUGGAGGUUGCACUGCCAACUCCCGCUGUCACAACACUGUGGGCUCCUUCCGCUGCGGCGAGUGUAAAACCGGCUUCACGGGCGACCAGGUGAAUGGUUGCCAGGGCACCAGGCUUUGCCCCAACGGUAAACCCAACCCCUGUGACGCCAACGCUGAAUGUGUGGUGCAGCGGGAUGGAAGCAUCAGCUGUGUGUGUGGCAUCGGCUGGGCGGGUGAUGGCUACGUGUGUGGCAAGGACACAGAUAUUGAUGCUUAUCCGGACAUGAAGCUCCAGUGCCGAGACAACAAGUGUAAGCAGGACAACUGUGUGUUUGUGCCAAACUCUGGCCAAGACGACGCAGACAGGGAUGGGGCGGGCGACGCCUGCGAUGAUGAUGCAGACAGCGAUGGCAUCAUUAACAUAGAUGACAACUGCUGGCUCGUUCCUAAUGUGGACCAGAGGAACAGCGACAAGGAUGUCCAUGGGGACGCGUGUGACAACUGCAGAACUGUAGACAAUCCCAAACAAACAGACACAGACCAGGACGGGCUGGGAGAUGAAUGUGACGAUGACAUGGACGGAGACAACUUGAAGAAUAUUCUCGACAAUUGCCCACGGGUCCCCAACCCAGACCAGAGGGACAGAGACCAUGACGGGGUGGGGGAUGCCUGUGACAGCUGUCCUGAUAUGGCCAAUCCGAACCAGUGGGACACAGACGAUGACCUGAUUGGAGAUAGCUGUGACGACAACGUAGACAGUGACGGGGACGGACACCAGAACACAAAUGACAACUGUCCCACGGUUAUCAACUCCUCUCAGCUGGACACUGACAAGGACGGAAAGGGAGAUGAAUGUGACGAUGACGAUGAUAAUGACGGCGUACCGGACAUUGAUGACAACUGCAGACUAGUUCCCAACCCAGAUCAACAGGACUCCGACAACAACAACGUUGGAGACGCAUGCGAGGGGGACUUUGACCAAGACAACGUCAUCGACAUCAUCGACUCCUGCCCAGAGAACGCCGAGGUCACACUCACCGACUUCAGAGCCUAUCAGACGGUCGUGCUGGACCCAGAGGGCGACUCCCAGAUCGACCCCAACUGGCUGGUUCUCAACCAGGGCAUGGAGAUAGUUCAGACCAUGAACUCUGACCCUGGCCUGGCUGUAGGCUACCAAGCGUUCAGCGGGGUCGACUUCGAGGGAACAUUCCACGUGAACACGGUGACAGACGACGACUACGCAGGCUUCAUCUUCGGCUACCAGGACUCCUCCUCGUUCUACGUGGUGAUGUGGAAGCAGACAGAACAAACCUACUGGCAGGCUGCGCCCUUCAGGGCUGUUGCAGAGCCGGGAAUACAGCUCAAGAUGGUGAAGUCGGAGACAGGCCCAGGAGAGCAUCUGAGGAACUCCCUCUGGCACACAGGGGACACCGACGGGCAGGUCCGUCUCCUGUGGAAAGACCCAAGGAACGUCGGCUGGAAAGACAAGGUGUCCUACCGCUGGUUCCUCCAGCACCGACCACAGGUUGGAUACAUCAGGGCUCGCUUUUUCGAGGGUUCAGACCUGGUGGCGGACACAGGCGUUAUAAUUGACACCAGUAUGAGGGGGGGACGACUGGGAGUGUUCUGCUUCUCUCAGGAAAACAUCAUCUGGUCCAAUUUGAAGUAUCGCUGCAACGACACAAUUCCUGCCGACUACAAGGAUGUCAGUGCUUAGAGCACAGAGUGAAGCCAGAGAGGGAAGUGAUCCUUCAGGGAGAGGACUGGAGCGCUGCUGAGAACAUGGAUUAAAGAAGCAGAGCUGCACGGCCGAGAGCGAGGAGGUAGAGAACAUGAGGUGAAACUGAAUGCUGAAUUUGGGAUCAUCUUGUAGUCAUGAUCUUUUAACUUUGUGUCGUUAGAGUGAGGCAUUAUAUACUUAUCUUUAAGUUGGUGUGAUGUAACUGAAGCCAGUAUAUUCUUGGAUAGAUGAUGAACAGGUUUUAUAUAUCUAUGCAAUAUCACCUUCAGUUUUAUCAGCAUUUUAUGACAACUGUAUGAAAAGAGGCAGGAGAUACUGUGUUUGGAUGUAGAUACAAUAAAAUGCAGCAAUUCUCAAAAAUCUAAGCAAGCUCAAUCAUUUUUGUGCCUCAGAGCCAGCGAUGUCCAGUGGCCAGAGGCAUUAUAUUUUCAGGUUGUCCAUCUGUUGUUCAUUAUUGAGUUGGACUCAAGGAUGAACUGAUUUUUGAUGGUCAAAGUUUAAGGUCGCUGUGUCAUAACAAAGCCCAUUUUGCCAUGUGGCUGCAACAUUUCAGGAACACCCUAAGGGAAAUUUCUUUAAAUUUGGAAAAAUGUUAAGUAGAAUUCAGUGAUGAUCUGAUUAGAUUUUGUUGGUCGAUGGUUAAGAUCGAGGUCACUGUGAUCUCAUCUUCUUUUUUACAUAAUAUAUCAGGAACACAUUUGAUCACAUUUGGCACGAACAUUUAAAUGGACUUAAGUGACAGGAUUCAAAUUUGUAGGUCAGGCUUGAGAGAAUCCUUUCAAAUCAGGCACAAAUGUUCACAUAGAUCCUCGGAUAAAGAGAUUUGAUUUUGGAGGUAUAAGGUCUGUAACCUCUUAAGCCUCUUGAACGUCAUGUCUCAAGUCUGCCUUUGGGACAUUUCUUCAAAUUUUUACUACAUGAUGUCUCUUGAUGACCUUUAAGUUUUCAGUGGUCAAAGGACAUAAUGACUUAUUGGGAGUCUGGAAAAAGAUAUGUUGUUUGAGGCAUAAAACUGCAGGGUGCUCUUUCUACAUACAUUUAUAUACAUUUUUACAUGAGGUCAGUCUAAAUGUUAAUAUGUAUAGGAAAACAUGAUACGCAAAUAAAGACACGUGACGUGCAUUGGAUGG